AUGUUACGUCUUGCAUCCCGUACGGUAGCGCUUCCCCACUCCCUCUGGGCCCGCGGGGCCUCCACUUUAACAGGCGUCCAAACACUACCGAAGUUUGAAAUCCACGACGUCCGCGACGACCCGGCGCUCGGCACAAUGACGCGCGUCGCUGUCGACGGCAAAUUGCUCCUCGUCUCGCAGUACCCGCAACUCGGCCCACGCAAAGUCGAUCCAAACGACUUGAGUCCGCAGUUCGACGCCGACCGCCGCAUCUCCGUGCGGAUGCGCCACGUGGAUCUCGCCUAUUUGGUGAGUGUCUGCGAGAGCCGAAUGGCAAAGCAUCACAUGGAGAAUAAGGCGUACACACUCGACUUUGAAAAGUCUAACGAUGGCUAUCGUCUGCACGGUAAGGUGCAUCGCGUGGCCUCACAGAAGAUGGAGGACUGGUCUGUGAACUUUGACAAACACUUUGCGGUCAUGCUGGAGCACUUCUUGCAGAGUGCACUCACGGAGAGUUUCGGUUUCCGCCAGCACUACGCAGCCCGCGCGGUGGAGGGUGACGCACAAGGCGCGAACGCCGCAUUAGGCAACACCGGCAGCCCACGGCGUAGACAACAACAACAACAACAACAACAACAACAACAGCAGACACCACGACGACAACAACAACAACAGCAGCAGCAAUGA